AUGACCGUGGUGUCCACAGAGAACAUGGACGAGACCUCCACCCUGCCGGGACACCCACAGGACCCCUACCCACCCGACGACGACCACGACGACCACGACUGCUGCGAGCGGGUGGUCAUCAACAUCUCAGGGCUGCGCUUUGAGACCCAGCUGAAGACUCUCGCUCAGUUCCCGGAUACUCUCCUGGGGAACCCCAAGAAGAGGAUGCGUUACUUUGACCCCUUAAGAAAUGAAUAUUUCUUUGACCGGAAUCGCCCGAGUUUCGACGCCAUCUUGUAUUAUUACCAGUCCGGGGGAAGACUAAGAAGACCGGUCAACGUGCCCCUGGAUAUGUUCUCAGAGGAGAUAAAGUUUUAUGAACUCGGCAUGGAGGCCAUGGAGAAGUUUCGAGAGGACGAGGGAUUUAUCCGGGAGGAGGAGCGGCCCCUGCCGGAGAAGGAGUUCCAGCGGCAGAUCUGGCUCCUCUUCGAGCACCCGGAGAGCUCGGGGCCCGCCCGGGGGAUCGCCAUCGUCUCAGUGAUGGUUAUUCUUAUUUCAAUAGUCAUAUUUUGUUUGGAGACGUUACCAGAACUGAAGGAGGAUCCCAGUGUCCGGCUGCAGACGGUGGGGAACAUAACCAUAUUUUACAAACCAAAUGUCCUCACAGACCCUUUCUUUGUGGUGGAGACCCUCUGCAUCAUCUGGUUUUCCUUUGAGUUGAUAGUUCGGUUUUUCGCCUGUCCCAGCAAGGCGGCGUUCUUUAAAAACAUGAUGAACUCUAUUGAUAUCGUGGCUAUAAUCCCGUACUUCAUCACGCUUGGAACAGAGCUGGCUGACGACCAAGACAACAAGGAGGGGAAGGGAGGAGGGGAACAGGCCACAUCUCUGGCUAUUCUCAGGGUAAUCCGCCUGGUGAGGGUGUUCAGGAUCUUUAAACUGUCCCGACAUUCGAAGGGGCUCCAGAUUCUCGGGCAAACUCUAAAGGCGAGCAUGCGGGAGCUGGGCUUGCUCAUUUUCUUCCUCUUCAUCGGCGUGAUCUUGUUCUCCAGCGCAGUCUACUUCGCCGAGGCCGAGGAGAAGGAGUCGUUCUUCACCAGCAUCCCGGAUGCUUUCUGGUGGGCCGUGGUGUCCAUGACGACCGUCGGCUACGGGGACAUGUACCCCGUGACCAUCGGAGGGAAGAUCGUAGGCUCAUUGUGCGCCAUCGCCGGAGUGUUAACCAUCGCGCUCCCAGUUCCCGUCAUCGUGUCCAAUUUCAACUACUUCUACCACCGGGAGACGGAGGGCGAGGAGCAGGCCCAGCUGCUCAAUGUCAGCAACCAGAACUUGGCGUCGGACACCAACUCAAGCCGCCGCAGCUCCUCGGUGGUCAGCAAGUCGGAGUACAUGGAGAUAGACGAGGACAUGAACAACAGCAUCGAUAACUUUAGGGAAGCGAACCUUAGGACUGCAAACUGCACGGCGCCCAGCCAGAACUGUGUGAACAAGGGGAAGCUGCUCACCGACGUGUGA